AUGGCUUCUUCGCAGAAAACUUCUGCCGCCGCUCCUGGCGCAGUUGAUGUUGCUACAUUAUCCGUACCUCAGCUUCGCUCUCUCCAGUCCCGCCUAAGCUCCGAGCUCGAACAUCUCACAUCAUCACAUACAAAACUACGAUCCGCGCAAUCGAAGUUCAGAGAAUGCAUCCGUUCUAUAAACGAUGGUAUUCUCGCGAAGCCAGAAAAGGAUGGGCAGGAGAAUAAUAUAUUAGUACCGUUGACCAACUCGUUAUAUGUCAAAGGCAAGCUAUCGGAUAGAGAAAAGGUGAUCGUAGACGUCGGGACUGGGUUCUAUGUCGAAAAGACACCAUCCAAAGCUAUAGAAUUUUACAAUGGCAAAGUGGGAGAGUUGGGAACAAACUUGCGUGAGCUAGAGAAGAUUGUGGCAGGCAAGAGCACGAAUCUAAGAGUCGUUGAAGAAGUGUUGCGCCAAAAACUUCUCGCUGGCGAAGGCAAUGUGGCGCAGGCAGGGCCUAGCGGAGUCGCACAAGUUUGA